CGGCCGCAGACCAUCUUGGUGUAUAUCAUAUAUACUUAUGGUACUUGGUGGUGUAGCAACUGCAUUCUCGCCAUCUUUGAAUAUUCUCUAUAUUUCUCGUCUUGUGGCCGGUAUUGGCACGGGUGGGGCACUGCUCAGUGGAUUUGUGUUGGUCACUGAACUCAUAGGACCGUCAUACCGUGGCAUAACUGGAGCGUUAUCUUCGUGUUUUUUUACCUUCGGACAAAUGUUGCUGCCGGCUUUCGCAUACUUCCUUCAAGACUGGCGCAAACUUUCAUUCAUUUUGUCUUUAGUUGGUGUUAUUUUUACGUUCUUUAUAAGGUUAGUAAAACUCUGUUAUAUUAGUCUCCACACGGAGCCUCCCAUAGUCAUAGAAAGGUUAUACGACGCAAAUAGGAACACUUUUUAACAACGUGUCAUGGCAAGCUCACAUUGUCACAAGGUAGAAAGCUGUUUGGCACAAUGCUCGAAGUAGCUCAUUUCUCUAUAUCAUAAACAGCUAGUGCAUAGCACUGCAGUGAACGUGUUAGUCAAUCGCAAAAGUCCAAUAAACGAACCCACCCGACUAAGUAAGGGAAAAAUGCUGACCCUCAAUCUACAAUCAUAGACAAUUGACAACAUGCGGACGCUGAUUAAAAAUGGCUGAAGUUUAAGGCAAUCAAAUAAUUAUACGCAUAUUCAGCCGUAUUAUGGUCUCACACAGUCUCAAUAUGAUAGGUUACAAAGAGUUCUCAAUGCUGCAGCACGUGUGGUCUGUCUAAUCCCCAAAUUCGAUCAUAUUACUCCCGUUUUGAUUGGCCUUCAUUGGCUUCCUGUACGGUAUCGGGUGAUUUUCAAGAUUUUGUUGCUGGUGUACAAGGCUCUUCAUGCUAAUGCACCGCCUUAUAUCUCAGACCUUCUGACACCUAAGCAUAUUGGUUGCUACAGCCUGCGCUCGAAUGAGCAAAAUUUGCUAAUAGUUCCUAAGACAAUGAGGAAAACGUUUGGCGACAGAGCUUUUGCCAAGGCUGGUCCAUUUUUGUGGAAUGAACUUCCCACUGACAUUCGUGAGGCGUCAACAGUGGAAACUUUUAAAAAACAGACUUAAGACCUUUCUUUUUUAAAAAGCAUUUUAUCUUUAAAUAUAAUAGUAAAUUUUAAACAUGAAUAUAUAGGUAUCAUCUCAUACUUUAUAACAUUUUAUUUGAAUUUGUGAUGAUAGCGCUUUAGAAUAUUUAUAGUUUUUAGCGCUUUAAAAAUUAAUAAAUUAUUAUUAUUAUUAUUAUUCCCCGUUCCCCCGUUACAGUGUUGUUGGUACAGAUACCGCAAUUAUAGUUGCCAUAAUGACUAAAGUGUUCAUCAACAUUGUUUCAGGGGAGGGCCGGGGGACCGCCUUAUGAAGUAUAUAUGAAAAUGUUGCAAAAAAUAAUGUAUUGUCAUGUUUGUCCGAGUAAAUUUGUCGAUGAUUGUACACUUUGGGAUUUCUAUAGGUUAUCCCGCAAGCCCUAUGUGGGACUCAAAAUUCUUUCUUAUACAGAUGAUAUAGUACGGACAGUACAUAGUUUACAAACAAAUAGUUAUAUUUGAUAUCUGUACAUGUCUUUGUAUGUUAUUGUAUAGGAGUGUCCCAGAGUCUCCACGAUGGUUAAUGAUAGUAGGUCGUGUGAGCGAAGCUGAAGACAUCCUUAGUGAAACUGCGCUAUACAAUGGACUAGCUUUACCUAAGACAUUACUACAGAUAGGACGACCUGUGCAAAUAUCACGUAGUUAUCAUGGCUGUUUAGAAUUGUGUAGAAAUUGUCAUAUUGCAAAGAAAACUAUUGUGAUUGCUUCAAUAUGGUAAGUUUUAU